GGGUUAAAGGCGGGGCCGGCCCUCGGAACACGCGCGCCCGCUCCUUACUCAGACCUGUCACUCGCGUCCCUCCGGCACUCAGCCGAGGUGGGGGAUGGAGGGAUGGAGGGGGCCGAGGCCUGGCGCGCUCGGAACUCGCGCCUUCGGACCGGGCCCCCCUCGCCGAGGAGGCGCACAGCACGCUCGGAGCGCGCGCCCGCGCGCGCACACGCACAUACACACCACACACACACACACACACACACCUCGGACAUUCCCAUAGUGCCUCACGUGACACUCGGCCCGAACGUGCCCACCCUGCCUACACGCUCACGCACGCGUGCUCACAGGCGCGCGCGCACACACACACGCCGCCUCUGGCCGCUUCCGAACUCCGCGCUGACCGCUUCCCUCCCCACCCCUCGUCCUCCGGCCCCGCAAAAGCGCCCAUUGACGGCGGCACACCUACACUCAUUCACAGACGCGCACUCCCCCCACAUGGCAGCCACAGCCACCACACAUUCAUCAGCAGGGCCGGGAGAACUGCACACUGCACCCCCGCAGCCCCUCGCUGCCUACUCCUUUGGGAGCCCUGAGUCAUUCCUGCCCCCAUCCCAGGGCUCCCCCAUCUCCCCGAGUUGCGGGGCACAGUAGGACAAGCUGGAGUCUCCCUUAGUGGUCCCGCCUGGCUCCCUCGCCCAGUUUGCUGCCUCUGUCACUCGGCCAAGGACUUCCUGUAGGUCUGCGCCUGGCCUGGACGCUUGCCACAACCCCAGUGCAGUUGGGGAGGCACUUCCUUUUCCUGAACUCUGGGAUCCUGCGGGAGGAAGUUGGGUGGGGGCCGCAGAGUGGUGGGACCGGCCCUCUAGAAACGCUGGCCUUCCUUAGGAGCAGGCCACGGAGGCCUGGCAUGGGAAUCUUGGCGGCUGUCGAGGUACUUGGGGAAAAGGGGAAGUCUGGGGAGAAGACCAGGCUGAGCAGUCCAGGCAGGUUCUGGGCCUUGCCAGCGCUGGGGUCCCCCCAUCCACAGGUCUCUCUGGGUUCUGGGAUGAGCCCUUCCCUGCUGCUGGUGUAGCUUCCUUGACCCCGUUUAUCGGUUGUCCCUCGCUGACUCCCCUCGUGAGGUCUGUCUGGCUCCAUCUCCUUCCCCUAUAAGCAGUGACAACAGAGGAUAGGACGGAAACUUCUGAGAGAGGGAGAGAGAGAGAGUUGUGGGAUCUGGUCUUUGGGCUGAAGCUUUACAGCUCCUCCAUCAGGCCCUCAGACCAGCAUGGAGAAGUUGGGGACAAGCACCAGGCGGUCUUCCUAACGCUGUUCCUGCUUUCAGGAGGUCCCGUGUGGGCCGAAGCCCUUACCAUGGAGUCCAUGUUUGAAGAUGACAUCAGCAUUCUGACCCAAGAGGCCUUGGGGCCCAGUGAGGUGUGGCUGGAUGGUCCAGGAGACCCCUCUCUGGGAGGGGACAUGUGCUCUGCCUCCCACUUCGCUCUCAUCACAGCCUACGGGGAUAUCAAGGAGAGGCUGGGGGGCCUGGAGAGAGAGAAUGCCACCCUCCGACGGCGCCUCAAAGUCUAUGAAAUCAAGUACCCGCUAAUCACUGAUUUUGGAGAGGAGCACGGCUUCCCUCUGUACGAAAUCAAGGAUGGCUCCCUGCUGGAGGUGGAGAGAGUCAGUCUGCAGCAACGGCUCAACCAGUUCCAACACGAGUUGCAGAAGAAUAAGGAACAGGAGGAACAGCUCGGGGAGAUGAUCCAGGCUUACGAGAAACUCUGUGUGGAGAAAAACGACUUGGAGACAGAGCUGGGGGAGAUGCGGGCCCUGGUGGAAACCCACCUUCGGCAGAUCUGUGGUUUGGAGCAGCAGCUACAGCAGCAGCAAGGCCUCCGGGACACAGCCUUCUCCAGCCUGAGCCCUCCACCGGCCCCCGCCACACCCUGCCCUGACCUGGACCUGCACUAUCUGGCUCUGAGAGGGGGACCUGCCUUGGGUCAUGGUUGGCCUGGCCCUACCAGUGUAAGUGUGGGUGACCUGGAGCGGAGGCGGCUGGAGGAGGCCCUGGAGGCCGCGCAGGGCGAGGCCCGAGGGGCUCAGCUCCGGGAGGAGCAGCUCCAGGCGGAAUGUGAGCGGCUGCAGGGAGAGCUGAAGCAGCUGCAGGAGACCCGCGCCCAGGAUCUGGCCUCCAACCAGUCGGAAUGUGACAUGGCUUGGGUGAAGAGAGUCGGGGACGAUCAGGUGAACUUGGCGCUGGCCUACACAGAACUGACUGAGGAGUUGGGGCGGCUUCGGGAGUUGAGUUCCCUGCAGGGGAGGAUCUUGAGGACUUUGCUGCAGGAGCAGGCCCGGAAUGCAGGCCAAAGGCACUCACCGCUGUCGCAGCGCCACUCCCCGGCGCCCGCGUGCCCCUCGCCCUCCCCGCCUGCCCGACCGCCGCCCUGUGCCCCGUGCCAGUCCCCCGCCGCGCAGCGCCGCUCGCCCGUGCCCCCGUGCCCUUCGCCCCAGCAGCGCCGCUCGCCCGCCUCGCCCUCCUGCCCGUCGCCGGUCCCCCAGCGCCGCUCGCCCGUGCCGCCGCCGUGCCAGUCACCCAGCCCGCAGCGCCGCUCGCCCGUGCCCCCCAGCUGCCCGGCCCCGCAGCCCAGGCCGCCGCCGCCGCCGCCGCCCGGGGAGAGGGCGCUGGCCGAGCGCGCCUACGCCAAGCCGCCCAGCCACCACGCCAAGGCGGGCUUCCAGGGCCGCCGCAGCUACUCGGAGCUGGCCGAGGGGGCGGCCUACGCCGGCGCCUCCCCCGCCUGGCUGCAGGCCGAGGCCGCCACGCUCCCCAAGCCCCGCGCCUACGCUGGCGAGCUCUACGGCGCCGCCGCCAGGCCGCUCAGCCCGCGCCGCGCCUUCGAGGGCCUCCGCCUGCGCUUUGAGAAGCAGCCGUCGGAGGAGGAGGAGUGGGCCAUGCCCGCCAGCCCGCCCAGCCCCGAGGCGGGCACCAUCCGCUGCGCCUCGUUCUGUGCGGGCUUCCCCAUCCCGGAGUCGCCCGCGGCCACCGCCUACGCCCACGCCGAGCACGCACAGUCCUGGCCGUCCAUCAACCUGCUGAUGGAGACGGUGGGCUCCGACAUCCGCAGCUGCCCCCUCUGCCAGCUGGGUUUCCCUGUUGGGUACCCGGAUGAUGCCCUCAUCAAACACAUCGACUCCCACCUGGAGAACAGCAAAAUCUAGGGCGCCUCUCCCACAACUGGCUGUUUCUCUGCGCGCCCUCAUCACCCCCCAACCCAACACUCACUUUGAAUGCUGCAUGAACCUCGUGGGGGGCCCCGCCCCUUGCGGUCCCCAGAUACCUCCACUAGCUACUGAGUCAACGCGUGUGCCGUCUUCCCUGGUCCAGGCACCACUCCGCUCUGGCUCUGUCCUGGAGGUCUACCAAGGUUCUCUCCGCCUUCCUGGUUUCCACUGGGGAGUGGGAAUCUGUCUGGUCUGGCAUGAGGAGGACGCACCUCCACUUCUCUAGGCCUUCCUGUUUUUCACCAGGGUUGGAUCCAAGAAGAAGUCUAGCGCUUGGGGGAGGGAGAGGAGGAGGCAGUGUCAAGAGAUCCGGGAGCCCCCUCCCAAAUGUCCAUCUUUACCGGGCUGUGUUCUUCCAGGGAGACCUCUCCGAGAGGGUCUCAGAGCCUGCCCUGCCCACCCACACCAGCCCUUCUGUGCCGUGACCGAGCGGCUUGGGGCUCAUGGCACUGGGGAAGGAGGCAUCUCAUUUCCUGUUCGUCUCUGCAGGCCAGCUCUGUUCUCCCCCUCUGCCCACCCUGGGGAAACGGGAAAUGUGGCAGAGGGGUGGGAGGACCCUGUAGGCCUUGGAUGAUCCAGCCCAAACGGGCUGCCUUGAAGCUGGGACUCCUGGGCCAUCACCCUCAGUCCAGGGAACUGUCCCCCAGCCUAGGCCCUUCUGGAGCCCCUGGCACUAAGGUGCAGAUCACCAAGGCACAUGCCUCCAUGCUCCCCGACUGCAGCUCCUGACACCACAGGCGCCCCGAGCCCCAGGUGUGACUCAGCCUGUGUUCGCUGGGCAGGUGUCAGCCCCUCCCUCCCAGGCCAGAACCUGCAAAUGGGCCCUGGGUGCUGUGGAGAUCAACUUCAAAAGAGCUAAUCCCCUUUCCCACACCUACCCACCCACCCCUAUAUUCCCUCUGUGAAAUCUACCUCAGAGUCGUCCCCUCAGAAAGACAGGGGAGCGGGAGGCUGGGGCCCCAGGCUGAGGUGGGAGCCUCUUGAGGGAGCCUGCUGCCCACGAUGAAACCACCCCUCCCUCUGAGCCUCCCUGGGGCCUUGGCGAGUCGGUGGCAGUGACAGCCGCUGUCCGUGGAAUGCGCCAUUCUGAUCCAAAUCUUCCAGGCCCCCUCCCCACACCCCUCCUUCCUCUGUGCAGGGGGUGAGGGGUAUGUCAGCAGGGAAGGGGCCAAGGACUCCAGAGACAUGUCAUCAUACCCCGAGUGUUCCCGGGGAGGGGACAUGGGGAAGGGGGCCUGUAGACUGGAGAGAGGGCCUGCGCUCUCUGAACAAGUUGAAAGUCCAAAUAAAACUUACGUGUUCCAUCUG